UUAAGCUGGGACAUACCUUAAGAAAGGCUGCCUUUGUGCUCCUGAGUAAGGCUUUGAUGGACAGAGAUGGGGAUGACAUGCAGAAACUUGUAGAAAAGUUCAUCAAGCUGCUGGACACUUGUUGGGGAUCUGAAAUCUCUACUCAUGCUCUACGAACUUUGUACCAGAGGAAACGAAACCAGCCCAAACUCCUACCCCUAACGAGUGAUGUUGUGGCUUUGUCAAGACACCUAGAGGUACAGGCUGAACUUUGUGUAGACAAACUGUCAUCUGGGACCGCAAUCGAAAACCAUAGCACAUGGAGAGAACUCAACAAGACCAUGCUGGCUCAUCUCAUUGUGUUUAAUAGGAGGAGACAAGGGGAAAUCAGCAAGAUGACUCUUGAUGACUACAAUAAAAUCAAGAAAGGUGAAUCUCAUAUGGUGGAAGGACAACUAGAGAUGCUGAAAGACUGGGAAAAAAAUCUUGUAAAGUUUCUCUGGAGAGUUGAGGUAGUAGGAAAACGUGGCAGGACAGUGCCGAUCCUUGUGACAGACUCCAUGAAAUCAUGUGUAGACACCCUUGUAUCCCACAGGGAGGAAGCAGGUGUAAACCCAAGCAACAAAUACCUGUUCGCUGUAGCCAAUAGUGACACUACAUCUCAUGUUCGAGGGUCAGAUGCUCUCCGUGAGCUGUCAGAAGCAUGUGGAGCACAAAAUCCUUCAACACUUCGAUCCACAAAAUUACGGAAGCAUGUAGCUACCAUGUCACAACUAAUGAGCUUGAGGGACCAUGAGAUGGACGCCUUAGCAAACUUCAUGGGCCACGAUAUUAGGAUACAUAGGGAGUAUUAUAGACUGCCAGAUGCUGCUAUGCAGGUGGCCAAAAUAUCAAAGAUCCUGUUCGCCAUGGAGGGAAAAGCUGGGAACCCGGUCCAGCUGAUUGGCACUGCAAAAAGUCUGGAUGAGCUUCAAAUCAAGUUAGAUGAAGAGAUCGACACUGGAGAACAGGGACCUGAAUCAUGUGAUGACAAUUGUGACAGCGAUGUUGAUUCUGGUGAUCAUGAUGUCGAACGUCAGCUACCUGGAUGCUCCCAAAAAGGUACCAAAAGGCAAAGGCAAACGCAACAUGUACUGGAAGAGGUUGAUGAACAGCCAAUAAGGAAGAAACGAAAGACAGCAUGGAGCGAUGCGGAAAAGUCGGCUGUCCAGAGACGUUUAGGAGCCUUUAUGACUGUUCAUUCUAAGCUACCUGGCAAGAGAGCGAUAGACGAAUGCUUGAAAGCUGAAGCUGUGCUGAAACACAGAACGUGGGUCAACAUCAAAGACUACGUAAGAAACUCGAAGGUUACCAAAAGCAGAAAAACACAGCCUUGGUAAAAACAUUCCCUUUAAUAUCAAAUCACCAUUUUUAUAUUGAAUACACACAUGCUUUUGUUUUGAGUCACCAAACUGCUGAAAAUGCUCAUAAAUUACAAGGCAUGUUCUUGUUAUUACAGUCUAAAAUGUGUAUUCUUUUAUAUUUGGUUUCUCCAUGUAUUCAUAAAAUGUUUACCCACUCUACUGGCAAAGGAUUUGUUAUUUUGAGGUUUUAUUAUCAUUUUUGUAGGCAUCCGGCAAUUUGUAAUUGUGUUAGGGUCUUAGUGGACCUAUGCUUGGCCACUCCCAGAUAUCAAUGACAGGGAGCAUAUCGUUUAGGCAACAUGUACUGAUUACAAUGAGAAUUGUGCAGCAUGAGUUGGAAAUAUCCUAUUUGAACAAGAAAAAAACCCAUAGAUUUUUUAACGAAAUAAAUCAGUGGAAGUUGUAAUCAAACAGUCAAGUAUUUGUAUUUACAUACCAUAAUGGCAGCAUAAGAAGGCAGUAGGGGAAUUGACUAGUGUAAUGCUUGUACAUUUGUGACACAAUUAAAACUUAAACAACAUUUAUUAUGAGAACACGUUCAGUAUAGUGUAUUAAUAUCAUCAUCAAGGGAGAGUGCCCUUAUUAUGUGUAAAGGGUGCCCCUUUUCAUUUUGGACAGAACUUGUGUUGUUUCUGAUAUUAUUAUGGGGUUGUACUAAACACUCGGGUCGCGGCGCGCUGAAAAACACUCGGGUCACGGCUCGUUUGGCCAUCUUUUUUUAAGUGUCUUCAAAUCGGCUUUUUAAUAUAAGGGGGAAAUCUUAUUUCAAAUUAGCGACUGUUUUUACACUCGGGUCGCGGCUCGCUGGGCCAUUUUUUCAAUGAUGUCUUCAAAGGGGAUGCGUGGGGAAAUUUACUUUAAAAACGAAGUUGUAAGUUGUGAUUGUUUUUUGUUCAAUGAUAGACAAAUAAGAAGAUUAUAAUUAAGGCUGACAUCGGGAAAGACAAAUAUACUAGGUGGGUAAAGUGGAUUUUAGAUAAAGUGUAAUAGUACAUAGGUAUAUGAUCUAUUAAUAUGAUAGAAACAAGGAAGAAUGGAUACAGUGAGAAGAUGAAUUGUGGGAAAUUAAGAACUACCAAGAGAGGAAUACAAAAACAAAGAAUGAAAGAAUGAAAUGAAUAUUUCCAUCAUUCCUUGUAAUAUCCUAUCAAGUUUUAUUCCUCGCUUUAUUUUCAUAUUUGUCAGUCUUUAAAAAAUAUUCUUUCUAAAUUUUAUUCUACCCCUUUAUUUCUCAUCUUUUUUCUAUCAUGUAAAUCUUUAUUUCCUCCACUCUUUUCUUUAUAUCUUUAUCACUGUUAAAUCUGACCAAUGAAUUCUUUCAAUUCCCUUUUUAUUAAAUAUUUGUUUUCUUUCAUUCUUUGUUUAUGUAAUCCUCUCUUGUUAGUUCUUAAUUUCCCACAAUUCAUCUUCUCACUCUAUCCAUUAUUCCUUGUUUCUAUCAAAUAUACAGUUCAUUUCCCUUGUAGUAUUACACUUUCUCUAAAAUCCACUUUAAUCACCUAGUAUUUUGUCUUUCCCAAUGCCAGCCUUAAUUCUAAUCUUCUUAUUUGUCUAUCAUUAAAAAAAUAAUAAUCACAACUUCCAACUUCUUUUUUAAGAAAAUUUCCCCACGCAUCCCCUUUGAAGACAUCAUUGAAUAAAUGGCCCAGCGAGCCGCGACCUGAGUGUAAAAACAGUCACUAAUUUGAAAUAAUAUUUUCCCCCUUAAAAACCGAUUUGAAGACACCAUUUUGUUUAAAUGGCCAAACGAGCCGCGACCUGAGUGUUUAGUACAAGCCAUUAAUAUGGGAUAGUGUAGAGAUAGAAUUUGUACACUUUUGUUUAAUUAGCAAUGCAGUAGUUUGUGCAGAUUUAGUAUAAUUGUGGCAAAAAAUAGAGGGGGAGUCAAUGAUCAGUGCCCCCUUUUAAAAGUAAACCGAAUGUAUGUUUGUUGUGAAUUAAUAAGAACAGAUCUGAAUAUUAUUCUCAGAUUUCCCACAUACAUAAAAUAUGUCAAUUUAGUGUUUAAGCACUAGACUAUAGAUGAUGGUUGUAAUGUGAAUAAUUAGUUGUGAUGGGGGUCGGGGACCCAAAACCUUUUUUUUUUUGUAAUACCUUUGCAACAAAACAAAUAAAAAGGGCUAUAAUAAAGGGUUGGUUCCAGUAUAAUCAUAUAAACCUACAAUAUUAAUAUGAUUCACCUUACUUCUUGCUGAUUCAAUUUC